UCCUUCCGCCAUGAUGUCAGUCGGAGGAAGAGCGAGAGGGAGAGAGGUGGGCAGUAUUGAGGAACUGAGUUCAUACAAUACUACUGAGACAUCUACAGCUUAGCAGACAGAUACGGUGAACCGCCUAUCGCGGCUCGUGUAAGUGAUGCUGCACUGAGGCACACUUUGAUCCAACUCCAUUGGGGGGCGAUGCGCUCUCUGCAUCCCUCCUUCAAGAGUUUUUGGGGAGCUUGUACAACCUCGAAUCAGUCAAAACAAGUGGUUAUAAAAUAAAUAAGGUUUAAGCUUUCAGUAUUUCAUCAAAAGUCCUUUUUUCGCGCUCUUGGAUUGACGUUUUACGCGCGGGUCAAGAAGCCUUUAACGCACACGUGUAAAUUUGGUGCCAACGAUUUUAAGCUGGUAAAAAAAAUAAACAAGUAGGAAUUUCAAGGCAAACGUAGGCUAGGGAUACAAAGUUAAACGUAAAACGAGCUUGGAUCAAUGCGUAUCUCCGGCCGUGGGAUUGCGAGCCCAAGACUCCUGAAGAGGAAUUACAGCGUUCUUUUCGAACAAAGUUGAUUGCUGUGCAUGAUUUUGUUUUUCUCCUGCACAUGAGGACCACCGCUUUUCUAGCGCAUGGAUAAGUUUUUGUAGUGGAUAACAUUUUUUUCUACUUGCAUUACGUUUUGCUGCCGCUUCUGAUGAGGAUCCUUUCCCCCACUUCAGUUUAAUUUAUGGCACUUCUUUUUUUGUAAAUCAGUGAUGUCUCCACGCCACGGUACUCACGGCUGAUUUUUCAUCCUAUUCGAGCGGAAAAGAAUUGCUGCUGUAGAAGUGAAGCUUCCAUCCACCCUUGAGUAUGGACUUAAUAAGUCAGGCUCAUGUGCUGGUGGUCUUGCUCACCUGUGUGGUCUUGCUAUGCCGGGCCCAGGAGAGGGACUACACGGUAAAGGAGGAGCAGCCAGAGAACGUCCGCAUCGGGAACCUGCGCAAGGACCUGGACCUCAACCUGGACCCCAACAUCAGGCUAUCCUCACCGCUGCAGUUCAAGCCUGUGUACAAGACAGGUGACGUGCCUUUGGUGAGGGUGGAGGCCAACACAGGGGAGAUCUUUACCACCAAUCACAGAAUCGACCGGGAGAAGCUGUGCUCAGGGGUCUUCGCUGAGAAACGCUGCUACUAUGAGAUUGAGGUGGCCGUGCUGCCGGAUGAGAUCUUCCGAUUGGUCAAGAUCCGCUUCCUGAUCGAGGAUGUCAAUGACAACGCACCCCUUUUCCAGUCCACUGUAAUAAACAUAUCCAUCCCGGAGAACACAGCCAUCAACACCCGAUACCCGGUGCCCUCAGCAUUUGACCCUGAUGUGGGAAUCAAUGGGAUUCAACAUUAUGAAUUGGUCAAGAGUGUCAGCGAGUUUGGCUUAGACAUCAUAGAGACUCCUGAAGGUGACAAGUGGCCACAGCUUAUUGUUCAGCAGAACCUGGAUCGUGAGCAAAAGGACACAUUUGUCAUGAAGAUAAAGGUAGAGGAUGGCGGCAACCCUCCCAAGUCCAGCACUGCCAUCCUCCAAGUCACCAUCUCCGAUGUCAACGACAAUCGUCCCGUCUUCAAGGACAGUGAGCUGGAGGUCUCAGUGCCAGAGAAUGCCCCCAUGGGGACAUCAGUUGCUCAGCUUCACGCCUCGGAUGCAGACCUGGGUUCCAACGCACAGAUCCACUUUGCCUUCAGCAACCAGAUCUCUGCCUCAACCAAACGUCACUUUUCCAUCGACAGCUCUACGGGAUUGAUCACUGUGAAGCAGCCACUGGACAGGGAGGUAACUCCUGUUCACAAACUCAUCGUCCUUGCCAGUGAUGGCAGCUCCACCCCCUCCAGAGCCACAGUCAUUGUUAAUGUAACAGAUGUAAAUGACAAUGUUCCCUCCAUAGACACUCGCUACAUUAUCAACCUGGUUAAUGGGACUGUUCUGCUGUCUGAGAAUGCACCUCUCAACACCAAAAUAGCCCUCAUCACUGUUACUGACAAGGAUGCAGAUCUUUAUGGCAAAGUAGCUUGCUACACUGACCAUGAUGUUCCUUUUCGGUUGAAGCCUGUCUUUAAUGAUCAAUUCUUACUAGAGACAGCUGCCCCCCUAGAUUAUGAGACGACUCGAGAAUAUGCAAUUAAGAUAGUGGCCUCGGAUAGGGGAACGCCUCCUUUGAACACUUCAGCUAUGGUUUUAAUUAAAAUCAAGGAUGAGAACGACAAUGCACCCAUCUUCCCCCAGCCGGAAAUCCAACUUUCUAUACCGGAGAACAAUGACCCCUCUACACAGUUAAUAAAAAUCAGCGCCACUGACGGAGACAGCGGACAUAAUGCUGAGAUUAUUUAUACUCUUGGCCCUGAUGCGCCUGACGGGUUUAACAUAGACAGACGGUCAGGAAUUCUCUCCGUUGGCAAGCGACUGGACAGAGAGAAGCAGGAGAGGUACUCAUUCACUGUCAUAGCGAGGGACAAUGGCUCCACGUCCCUGCAGAGCAAUGUCACUGUCAGGCUAAUCGUCCAGGACCUUAAUGACAACAGCCCAGCUUUCACACACCCUGAGUACAACUUCUAUGUGCCUGAGAACCUGCCUCUCUAUGGAACUGUGGGCUUAAUCACAGUGACGGAUGCAGAUGCGGGAGAUAAUGCCAUUAUAACCCUGUCCGUUUUGAAUGGGAAGGAUAAUUUCAUCAUCGACCCCCAAACCGGUGUGAUCAAACCAAAUAUCACCUUUGAUAGGGAGCAGCAAAGCUCCUACACAUUUAUGGUAAAGGCAGUUGAUGGAGGGCAACCUCCAAGCUCCUCCUACGCCAAGGUCACUAUCAAUGUAGUCGAUGUGAAUGACAAUCGCCCUGUGUUUGUCCUCCCAUCCUCCAAUUAUUCAUAUGACCUAGUGCGAACCACCACCACCCCUGGAGCUGUGGUCACCAGAGUGUUUGCCAUUGACAAUGACACAGGUAUGAAUGCUGAGCUGCAAUACAGCAUUAUCAGCAGCAUCAUCAUCACAUCUAGGGUCUCCCCUCGAGGUCUCUUCGCCAUUGACAAAACAACGGGUAACAUAACACUGCAGGAGAAAAUUGUGACAGCUGAUCAGGGGCUGCAUAGGCUGGUAGUCAAAGUUAAAGAUCUAGGCCAGCCUGAGUCAUUACAUGCUAUCGCACUUAUUCAUUUGUUUGUCAAUGACACUGUGUCAAAUGCUACCUUUAUCCAAGAGCAGCUGCGAAAAAGUAUGGAGACUCCCUUGGAUCGUAACAUAGGGGACAGUGAGGUAACACCUCAAGCCAACGGAUAUGUGAUUGUUGUCAUAGCAAUCAUAGCAGGGACCAUGACUGUCAUCUUGGUGAUAUUUGUGACUGCCUUGGUGCGCUGCCGACAGACACCCAGACACAAGGUGGUACAGAAGGGCAAGCAGAGUGGCGAGUGGGUGUCACCCAACCAAGACAACCGUCAGAUCAAGAAGAAGAAGAAGAGGAAGAAGCGAUCCCCCAAGAGCCUCCUCUUGAACUUUGUGACCAUAGAUGAAUCCAAGCCUGACGACCCCACCCAUGAGCAUGUUAAUGGUACACUGGAUCUCCCUGUGGAGUUAGAGGAGCAAACCAUGGGGAAGUAUAACUGGGCCACCACGCCCACCACAUUCAAACCCGACAGCCCAGAUUUAGCCAAGCAUUACAAGUCUGCGUCCCCUCAGCCUACAUUUCAAAUUAAACCGGAGACUCCAGUGGCCCCAAAGAAACACCAUGUGAUCCAGGAGCUCCCCUUGGACAACACGUUUGUGGUGGGCUGUGACUCACUCUCCAAGUGCUCAUCGACUAGCUCCGACCCAUACAGUGUCUCAGAGUGCAGCUGUCAGGGGGGAUUCAAGACUGCGGGGCAAAUCACCACCCGACAGAACCUGAGCCAGACACCGGAGAUCUCAUUUAACUCACCGCCCCCCAUUUGUCCUCAUAAGGAGGCCUGUCAACUUGGCAAGAUAACCUCUGUGAAUACCCAGCGCCGCGUGACGUUCCAUCUUCCUGACGGUUCCCAGGAGAGCUGCAGUGACAGCGGGCUGGGAGACCCGGAGCCUAGCAGCACGGCCAGCACCACCCAGCCUCUUCCCCUCAGCUUCCCCCAGGAGGAGUACUAUGAGCAAACAUCACCGAACAGCCGCACUGAGGGAGAUGGGAACUCAGACCCUGAAUCUACCAUUGAAGUGAACCUACAGAAAGCCUUGGCUGAGGCCUCUGAGACCUGUACCCAGGAGUGUCUGAUACUGGGCCACUCCGAUAGCUGCUGGAUGCCCCCAGCCCUGGCCCAGUUCCAGGGUCCUGGCAACAGCCCCACCUCCACCCCUAUCACCACCGCCAUAACCGGUACAAUGCCCUCUUUUGGCUUCCAGCAGAGCUGCGCCCGGGGAGCCAAAGCUAACAUGGUCAGCAUGGGGGUCAUGGAUGGGCGCCAUACCCUGGGCAGGUCUGUGCCCAAAAAAGAUGAACUGGACAAAGGGAUCAACCGGCCGCAGUUCUACAACACCCUGGAUAGACACUGCAGUAAGAAGGAGGACCCCAUCAAGGUCAUCCCCCUGGCGAGCUUCUCCUCCCCCGGGCAGCAGACACCCACUGGCGGGGGCAGCAGCUCUUUCUUACAUGAGCACCAGUUGUAAAAGAGUAAAAGACAGAUCUUCAUCGCCCUGACAUACAUGUGACUCGAUCCAUAGUUGGCUUGUUGUCAGUGACUUUAUGAUCAGUAUGUAUGCGUACGCGUGGAGGUAUGCAUAAUUUGAAUAACUUUGACCAGCUCCAUUUUACUGAUAAAGACAUUUGAGAAUAGAUUCAAUCAUGAUAAUGUUGUUCAGACAAAAUCACAUGGGAUCAGUCUGACAGCUAAAGCAUUUGGAAGGAAAUGUAAGGCUUAACAUAGCAAGCCCAUCUACAUUAUAAUAAAUAAAGGUAGUUCUAUACCAAAGUAGUUCCAACACAAAAAAAAGAAUUUUGCUUUCAGUUUGGUAAUGUUUGCUUAGUGAUAAGAAAGGGCAAUGUAGGCUUUAAGCCCCUUGAGCCCAGCUUAGUGAAACUGUGUCCAAAAAGACUAUUUCUCUGUGCAGAAACACUUGCAAAUACAGUACUUUGUGUUGAGUGAGCUAAAUUGGGCUAAAUGUUAAUUAUGAGCUCUGAGUGGAUGGUGUUUCUGUUCAAGUUCUAGUGAAGUAUUGCUCUGUAUAACACGCAGCACAAACUCCUUUGGUGGUGGAAGAUCUUUCUUUUGUUUUGCCUGAACGUUUUUCAGAAGUCUAUUUUGGUCAGGGGACUGCAGAAGGAUAAAAAAAAGUCUACACAGCAUAACUAGGCCAAUGGUAGACAACACCGGUAAUCUUUUGUAUUCUACAUUUUCACCGUGGACCAGCACACAAAAUAUAAAAGAAAAUGUAAAAAAUACUUACACACACAUACCCAAGAUGUUUUCCAUAUGGUGGUUGCUCCAUCUCUGCCAACUCUAUUAAGAAAGUGUUCACUCUUUAUCUCAGCAGCUUAGCCUUGAAAGGCGCAGACAAAUGCGCUUUGGAAAUGUACCCUUUGUUUCUAUUUCUCACAUUUUGCUGCUCAGAAACACUCACACACAGUAACAAAAGCUAUGGAGCCAAUUAUGAAAUUUUCUAUUCUAAUUACUUUGAUGUGUGAUCUCAGUAGCGACCAUCAUUGUGGUUACGAGGUCUGGAAUGGUUCUCUUGGCUAGCCAGAAACAUGCUCUGCAUGUGCAGAGGCAAUGGAAAUGUGACAAGUGCUCAGAAAUAGCAGCUUAAAACACUCCCUCUCUUCCCUUCAUAUCAUUAAUAACACCUUUUGUUCUUGCUAUUAAUUGCUAUUGUGUGUUUUAAUACAACUCAGAUUGGCUGCAAAGUUUCUAUUAUCAGUUUUUACUAUAUGUUAACACUGGAAUAAUAGACCAGGGUGCAAUAAUUUCUUCACCGCCCAGAGUCUAACUAAAUUAUUGAUGGUAAUGUUAUUUUUGCAGUUAUCGUAGGGAUAGGCAUUGGCAGUAUUUGAAAGGACCUCCCUGCAGGCUGCCCCUUGCCAUGCUUUCAUCCUACAUGCACUGCAUCAUUGCCUGUGUACAUAAAUUGUUCUGAUGAUGACAACUACUUCAGACUAACUUGCUGCUCUAACAGAUUGGGUGCAGUAUAAGCUAUUGCUAUAGCAAUAAGUGACUUUGCUGAUAUCCAUUUUUCUUUCCAGUAACAUCCAAGCCAGGUGUCUACAUCAUCAGGUAUAUGAUUCAUGUGAUUCAUUUUCUUGUACCAUCUUGCAAAUUGGGAACAGGCCUAAAUCUAUAAUGCAACGUGGCAUUCUCGAGGGAAGGCGCGAGGCAAAUUGUAUUUGCAUGCUCUUACCUACCACGCCUAUUCUCUCUGAUACUUGGGGUCAGGAUUCUUAUCAUUAUAAAGAGGAUUUAUCUGAGAGUCAGUGAAAUGAUCACUUAAAGGAAUGGUAUGUCAAGGACACGGAAAAGGGGCAAUUCAAUUUCACCUCAGGCAAUUACGCAAAUGAAUUGAAUUCAAAACAAACAACUUAAAUACAUUCUCCUAUAAACAUCCCUUGAUGAAAAUGUCCCAGUUUGGGAAUCCAAUUUCAGCUCAUUUACUAAUACUUCUUUUUCCUCUAUCACUUUUCAUCUCAUUUCAUUGCUAUAGUACAGACAUGUUUCAUCAAAUGGUAUAAACAAUACAUAUUUAAUCAAAAGGAGCACAUAUGAAAGAGAACAUACAUCACGGUGUCACUGAAAAUUGAAAUUUUAUCUAACAAAUGCAAAUCCAACACUUGUUUUUUAUCCAAAUGUUGCCAAAAAAGUAUUUUCAGUCUCUGUUUACAAUUAUGUGAAUAAGUAGGGCAAAUAAAUUCCUGGUUGGAUCUUUUUUCAACAAAAAUAAAUCUGAAAAAUAACAAUUAGGUUUUUAAGAAACUUUCCCAUUCAUUAACAAUAAGAAGUGCAGACAAUAUCUGCUGUUGGAGUGUUUAUAAAUAUAACACAUGAAAUUGUGCCCUUCCUCAUACGAUGGAGGAAGAGAAUAUCCAUGGAAUAUUUACAGGAUAAUACACUGUCACAAUUUAAUAAAAAAUGUGAUUGUUUGAAUUAAUGUAUCCAAUCACAUGUGUACAGUUAGCACAAUAUUACCUAUCUGUAACGCUCACUGUGUUUUCACUUACUCUGCCUACAUAACUCCUGUGUAUUGUAAUGUUGCAGCAGCUACAGCACAUUAAUUCAAAGACAACUUCGAGGGAAUAGUAUAAUAACUGCAUGAAUGUACAUCUGUAGGAUGUUGCUUUUGAUACCGACAUGACUUUUUUGUCUACUGCAGUCCGAUUUUGUUUUACCAUUUGCCCUUAUAGAAGUAAAAGUAGUGGUGUUUUAUAUAUUUAUCUAUUUCACAAACAAAGAGCAUACCAUAUGAAUGUGCAUUUGUUUUUUGGGGAGGAUGAGGCUCCCUGAAUAAAUAGAGUUGCUCUGCAACAAAGGUUUUCAUCUUUCACAAAACACACGGUGAAGUAGACAAAAUGUGGAGGGUGAUCACAGGUUUUCACUUUGCAUGAUUCUGCUCUCACUGUUAUUUUCUCUUUUUCUAAUUCCCUCUGCCCUAAAAGCAAAUAUAGUAUACAUAAAACUAAACAUUGUUUUUUUUUUUUUUCAGAAUUUUUCUAUUUAAAAUGUGUGUCAUGAAUACCAUGUCAACUUGUGUCAUAAUUUGCAUGAACUGUUUGGACCUCCACAAAGCAUUUUUUGACACUUGACUAUAUAGUUCAUGCAUCCAUCAUUGGAUUCAGUGUCAGUAUUGAUGUUUACGGCUCUACCUGUUUGUCUGUCUUAUGGAACAAAACAAAUGUUACACAGUGUAAACAUUCAAACUUUGUGAAGUGUGCAUACCACCUAUGCCUCCACGUACACACAACUAUCUAUACUGUCAGGUAAACUGGAUUUUAAACUGUACAUAGCAGUACCCCUAAGAACUAGUAAUACUGAUUACAAACUGGAAAGACACAUACAGUAAAGACUAAAAGCUACAGGCUAAAUACUGAAAUUCGCUAUGUUGAUAAAAAGGAAAAGGGAAAACAUAAGAAGUGAUGAGAUGACAAUCUCUCUUGUAAUGUAAAUGGUUACAUAUGCAUAAUAAUGAUGAGAGUGUGUUUGAAUGUGUUUAUAGGUGAUCUUGUGAGGGAGUGUGUGUCUCAUUGCAUGUAUGAGUGUGUGUGUGUGUGUGUGUGUGUGUGUGUGUGUGUGUGUGUGUGUGUGUGUGUGUGUGCGCACAUAUGUGUGUACUGGCAUGCACCUUGCCAGAAUAUUUUAUGUACACAAAUGUAUCUUGUACAAAAACUGUAUCAAAAUAUGAUAUAAGACUUAAGUAUAUGCUUGUAAAUUAGUCAUCAGUGAGUCAGGUAAAGUUUUGCUUUGAGAGAAGGCUUCAAUGCUUGCCAGCAAAUCUGUUUUGGUCAGUUAAAGCUAUACAGUCUGUGUUGUCAUGCUUUUGUAAGAUAUCCCGUUUAAAUCUAUGAAAAAGAUGACCUUCCAUAUGGUGAAAUGAUUUUUCUUGUCAUUGAAUUUUACUUGAGCCAUUAAAUAUUGAGUCAAAGUA